AUGAACCGUUUGACUCACGGUAUCAUCAUAAGAGACACAGCCACACCUCGUUAUAACCCCGUACCUUCCAGAUCACCGCCAUGCUCAGCACAUCCAUUUCAAAUCCUCUCAGAUCUCCACCUUGAAAAGCCCCCUGCAUACUCCUUCUUCGACAUUCCUGCGCGGGCGCCACACCUCGCACUCCCAGGCGACGUGGGGAACGCCUGUGAUUCAGGCUUCUUCGUCUUCAUUGAGACCCAGCUUCAGAACUUUAAGACGGUCUACUUCCUCCUGGGUAAUCAUGAGCCGUAUCAUUCUAGCUGGAAGGAAGUCCGGCAGAAGGCUGAUGAGUUUGCGGCACUGGAGACAGAUGUCAGUUUUGGGCUCAACGACUUCUACUGCAUUGAUGGGUGGACAGUGGCGGACCACAACACUUCGCAUACGGUGGAGCUAGUGUGGCUGAAUGAGCGAGUUGCUGCCCUUUCGACAUCUGAAUCUGAUAGGAAGAUUGUGGUGUUCACACAGCAUAUCCCCAUUACCGAUGAUUCGCGGGCGGUCGACCCAGUGCAUUUGAGGAAGCGAAACGGCAAAGUAAAGCGAGUGCUUAGCAACCAGCGGGGAUAUUAUUCUAAGCAGUCUCAUGGUUUCAAUGUUGAAAAGGUGGUGGAUGUCUCGUCGCAGACUAUAAUAGUUCCACAAGAUCCCGAUCAACAAGAGCAUUUUCCGGCCGGAAAUUUGAACCCCGGUCAAGUGUACGCGCACCAAUUAGGAAGCCUUUAUACGAGGAUAAGCACAGCCACGGGUCAACCGUUUAAAAUCCCAACAUGCAUUCGUGUUCUAUGUACCUCUGGAUAUGGCACACUGAAACUAGCAUGGCAUGGCUUCUCAGAAUCUUUCUGUUUCCUCUUGAAAACCGCCUUCGCAGUACCUGACAAAAAGACCCCAAAAGCCGAACAGAUCCUGGGCCGCGCUGGCUUAGAUAUCUGCACAGACCAGGACUGCGUCGUGAUUACAAUAAAAUCCCGACCGCCGCUGGUCAGCCACUUCAACCUUGAAACUGAGGACAUCCAUAUUUCGCUCCAUCCGCAGUCACAAAUCCUUCCAAACAUAACUGAUAUCACACAGAUUAGCCAUCAGAUCAUCUCUGCGUCAGAUCAGAGCCUCCUCGAGUCAAAAAUAGGAUACGGCAGGGACUCAUUUUUACCCGAGCAUCACCAUGUCCGUGUUCCCUCCACCAUAUGUUUUGUGGCCUGCCUUUCGAACUUUGCACGGCUGGCACGAUAA